ACAAAAAAUCUCUGCGUCCCAACUCUCGUCACACAUCCAAAAUCGACAAGCCCGCCCGCAUCGGCGCGAUGAUGAACUCGUUCUUCGGGCCGGUGGACGGGGUCCUAGGCCUCAUAAUGGCGUGGCUUCUGCUCUUGAUCCCUGCUGUGGGGUUCUUAGCCGCAAUCGCAGUGUGCCUCUGGAGCCUCUGCGGCGGCGAGCGAGCGGCAGAAGCAAACGCACCCGGACGACGAUUGGGCCGAUUGGCCGAGCUGAUGGCGGCCAUUGAACGGGCGGAGCAGAUGAGGCCGGCGGCGGUGGCGCCAGCGCCGGAGCUGAUGGUGGAGCUGGGGUACUUCCCGUACUCGGCGGAGGGCAGGCGGGCGUCGGAGAGGCUGGUGUGCGCGAUCUGCCUGGAGGAGUUCCAGCAGGGACAGGCGUGCAGCGAGGUGCCGGCGUGCCGGCACGUGUUCCACCGGUACUGCAUCGACGUGUGGACGAAGAGCAAGACCACCUGCCCGCUGUGCAGGCGGAAUAUCGUGGCCGGGUCAGAACGAGUAUCGGCUGCCAUUGACAUGGUUUAGCUUAGCGCGCAAAGAGGUUUCUAGAGGCGCUGAUAUGUUUUUUUAGCCGAUCUCGCUAAACUUUCUUAAUUACCAAUAGUGUUUA